AUGUCCAGUCCAGGCCCGUCCGAAAGCCCAGCGGCCAGCCGGCCAUUGCCUCAGUCACCUCAAUCGCCAGAAGCCUCUGCACGAGAACCCCAGCCCUCGCCUCCGCCACCUCAGCUGCCAAAGGCGCCUUCACGGGAACCCACCCCCCCGCCGCAGCCGGCCCAGACGCCUCCGACCAACACCCAGAUCCCCUUUAACGAGGAUGACGACGAUGUCGAUUCCGCCAUUGGCGACGGCGCAAGUAUCGAUUCCUCGACCGCAUCCCUCAACGACAGCAUCUACGACUACCGCAGCAUCCACGGCCGCACCUUUCAGAGCUCCAAGACGACCGAGUACUGGGGUCCCAACGAUGACCGCCAGAACAACGGCCUCGACAUAGCCCACCACUUCAUCACCAUGCUCAAGGGCGACCGGCUGUUCGAGGCCCCCCUCGCCUCGCCCCCCUCAAGGGUCCUCGACGUCGGCACCGGCACUGGCAUCUGGGCCAUCGACAUGGCCGACGCCUACCCCUCGGCCGAGAUUUUUGGCACCGACAUCAGCCCCAUCCAGCCCACAUGGGUGCCCCCCAACUGCGUCUUCCACAUCGAGGACGCACAGCUCGAGUGGAGCUACCAGCCCGCCAUCUUUGACCUGAUCCAUAUUCGCGGCCUCUACGGCAGCAUCGGCGACUGGGCCGCCCUCUACCGCCAGGUCUAUCUCGCCCUCAUCCCCGGCGGCUGGCUCGAGAACUUUGAGUUCAACAUCACCAUCUACAGCGACAGUCCCGAGGUCCGCGACAACCCCGACCACAUCUUCAAGCGAUGGUCCAAAGUCUUUCUCGAUGCUUUUGAUCGCAUCGGCAAGACGGCCCGUAUCGGCCUCCCGGGCAACAUGGCCAAGCUCAUCAAGGAAGCCGGCUUUGUCGACGUGGUCGAAAAGACAUACCAGGUGCCCUGCGGCGGCUGGAGCAGCGACCCCAGGCUGAAGAACGUCGGCAUCUACAACCUGGCCUUUCUCGAGGAGAGUCUCGAGGGCUUUGCGCUCUUCAUGCUCAAGGAGAUUAUGGGCUGGCAGUACGUCGAGGUGCAAAUGUUUGUGCUCGAGAUGCGCAGGGCCAUGCGCAACUUCAGGCUCCGCCCGUUCUAUGUCGUGACCAAUGUCUAUGCUCAGAAACCCGAGUGGACUGUCUAG